UCCUAAGUUUCCAAAGUCCACACCUCCAUCUUGUACCCCAAUUUCCCAGUCCAUGACUUUGACCAAGUUCCUUGUUCCAGAAUACUUCUGUGUUUGAGUUUGUCUAAAUAAUUUGUUUUUACUUUGUUUUGGCCAUUCAUUAAACUAUUGCCUAAAGUAAGUACUAGGUUAGUCUAUCUUUCACACUCCUUGUUCUGCAAGGAACCUUCUUUGUUUCCUUCACUUCCUUCUAUGUCUUCUCCUUAUCAUAUAUAAUAUAUAUUCUAAACCCUUCCUCUGCAUUGGCCUGCGUUUGUUUAUUUGUUUAGUUUUCUUAUUUUUGAUAAGAGUUAAUUCAAGUCCAGGUCACAGAUUUGAAAUCCUCAAUAGAAAAUGAAGAAAGUGGUACUGAAAUUGGACCUACAUGAUGACAAGGCCAAACAAAAGGCCAUGAAAGCAGUUUCUAGCCUUUCAGGGAUUGACUCUAUAGCCAUGGACAUGAAAGAAAGGAAGCUAACAGUAAUUGGAGAUGUUGAUCCUGUAACUGUAGUAGGCAAGUUAAGGAAAGCUUUUCACACACAGAUAUUAACCGUUGGACCGGCAAAAGAGGAAAAGAAAGACGAAGGCAAGAAAGACGAUGGAAAGAAAGAUGAUAAUAAAAAGGACCCAAAAGAUCAAAUUGCUGAGCUUGUUGAGGCAUACAAAGCCUACAAUCCUAGCUUGACUCAACACUAUCAUGUGGUGAGCGCUGAGGAGAACCCAAAUGCUUGUGUUAUAUUAUGAUUAUGGUGGUAAGGCUACGCCACAUUUAGUGCUUUAUAUGAUUGUAUGAUGAUGGAAACUCAAUGUUCUUGAUAUCAACUCAUUGGAGAUGCACAACCCAUAAAAGGGUUUUACUUGUUUUUUAGUUGUUGAUGAUGGUGAGUUGAUUGAAUUUGAGUUACAAUGUCAAUAAUAGAAUAGAGGAUGUGGUAUAUGGAUCGCAGAAAGAAUAAAAUAUAUCUUUGAACUCA